AUGUCUUUCAAUUUCUUCUUAGAUAAUUGGUUUUCUUUCUUACCGGCUCUUCACUUUUCUCUCUCCUUUUUGUUAUCUGCUCUUUUUUUCCUUUCUAGAAUUACACAAACUGACAUUCAUUUUCUCUCUUCCUUCAUUAAUUCUUUAGCUCCCGUCUUAUUUCCUCUCCUUCUCCUCCUCUCUCUUUGCUACCUACCCAACUCUCCCAUUCAUCUUAAUUAUAGUCAACCGAGAACCCCUCUCUCUCUCUCUCUCUCUCUCUCUCUCUCUCUCUCUCUCUCUCACAUACAUACAUACACACGCAUGCACAUUGUGGGCGACUGUGGCGAUUUCAACGGCCAUGUUUUAUUAUUAGGUGGUGAGUUUCAGACAAAAAAUAAGCUCUCUCUCUCUCUCUCUCUGACGCUGCACAUUUUCUCUCUCUCUCUCUCUCUCUCUCUCUCUCUCUCUCUCUGGCGCUGUGUAUUUAAGCUCUUUCUGACACUGCACCUCUUUCUUUUUGUCUCUCUUUCUCUCUCCUUCGCUCUCUCUUUCUUUCUCUCUUUUUAUCUUUCUUUCUCACUCUCUUUCUUUCUCGCUCUUUCUUUCAUUCUAAAUCUUUAUCGUUCUUUCUUUCUCUAUCAUUUUUUCUUUCUUAAUCUCACUCUUUCUCUCUAUCUUUAUCUUUUCUUCUCUCUGUGCGUCUUUCUUUUGUUCGCUGCUAUCUUUCUCCUUGUUUCUUCUUUCUUUCUCACUUUCUCUCUCUCCUUCUCUUUCUUUCUUUCUUUAUCUUUUCUUCCAUUCUCUUUCAUUCUCUCUCUCUCUCUUCCAUUCUUUCCAUUUCACUUUGUCUUUAUUUCUCUCUCUCUUUGA